AUGGAGGUCCUAUUAUCUUUUCUUGCUGUAGCUGCGUUGUCCGUGACCUUCGUUGAUGGCGCUGGAUAUCUACAGGUGCGACCUCCCACACUAGGACAGUGUUACUAUGAAGAUAUCAACACAGCCCAUUUUAGCUACAAUAGGACUUUCUGUGAAGGACCAGCUUAUUGGUGUCAAAUUCACAUAUGUUGGAUUACAUGUGGAUCAAACGAAAGACAAUCGCCAAUCAAUAUCGAUUCACGUAAAACACAAUUUAGGUUGUUGCCAAUGCCAAAGUUCUACAAUCUACAUAAAAGAGUUCCAGCAACUAUAAGAAACAAUGGUCAUGCACCGGAAUUCAAUGUCGUACCAACACAAAACAACAAGGACAGGAUUAUUUUAUGUAAUGUCCCAGGCAGACCAAAAGAUAAGAAGUAUGUAUUUGCUCAAUUACAUGUCCACUUUGGAAGAGACGUUACACAAGGAUCUGAACAUUGUAUUGACAACAUAUUCAAACCGAUGGAGGUUCACUUGGUAUUUUAUGACCUUGAUUAUGGAAACCUUGGAGACGCUAGAUCUAAAAAAGAUGGACUUGUGGGGUUAAGUGUAAUGGUAGAGGUCAGCGGAAAACCCCAGAAACCCACUGUAUGUAAGAACGGAAGAAAAUGUAAACCCAGAUUUGCAAAAAGAUUUAGUGAUUUAAUGGAAAAAUACUAUGAACAAGUCCGAUGUUUUCCACUAGAGCAAUACAGAGAUUAUAUCAACAACGACAGAUUUGGGUUGUUUAGAAGAAGAAAUUCACGUUCUACACAGUAUUGCGGUGGGACACUAAGUCAAAACUAUAUACAAAAUAGUUGUAAAAAAGACCCUGAUGACAAUUCAUUAAAAGUACAAGUUACUGAAGGUCUUUCACCUACAGAUGUCCUUCCGUAUGACACAGAUUUAUUCUACACGUAUGGAGGAUCUCUUACGACACCUCCGUGUUAUGAAACUGUACAAUGGAUUGUUUAUAGAUGUCCAAUUACAGUUUCAAGCCAGGCUUUCAAUAUGUUACAAUUUGUUGAGGAUUCACAAAAAGAUGAACUUAUAAAACUUGGUGUACGGAGGCCUAUACAGGUAAGCAACCCUAUUGUGGAUUAAUUUAUUUUAGUG